CUGCAUUUUUUAUACGCUUUGCUGUCGUAAGAUGGGUCUCCUACGCGUUGAAGAAAGCGAUGAGAGUUCCGAAACUGUUCAACGCCCGUUGAUCCAUGAUGCGCAGGGUACUUUCCUGCUCAACACUGAUUUUCCUCAGCAAAAUGGAGAGGAUGAAGACCCGUAUCCGGAAAGUUUCUUUGGGACGAAACCCGGCUUGAACGUCCUGCUUGCCAUUGAUCCAAUUGCAGACGGCGGGAUCACCAGCCUUGCCACAGCUGGACGACCACACCCGCUUAUGCGGGCCUUUUCUACCUCAUUCACCUUCACCACGUUCUCAACUUUUUCCAAUGCAUCGACCCUAUCAGUCCGCAGUUCCGGGAGGACAUUUUUCCUAAAGGAACUGUGCAAACAAGUCGUGGAUAAGCAUUUGUGGCUUCAAACUGCCAGGAUUGUUAGCACAACCUGCUAUGCUGAGCGGCUAUACCUAUGGCUCCUAGCGGAUCGGAUCGGAUCGGAUCCGGAUCAGAAUCCGCGGAUUUUGAGGUUUGAAAUAAAAUCCGUAUCCGGGGGCUAGAAAUCCGCGGAUAUGCGGAUCAACCGCAGAUUGUAGAUAAAAUGUUCCAAAGUUGCAUUUUGUCAGAAUUGUCCUUGACGAGAGCUUUCUAACAAUCCCAAAUUUGUCCAUAUUGGUGGAGAAC